AUGGCCGAGAGCGCGGAGAAAGUGCCCAUCGCCCUGGCGGGGCCGGAGGACGUGGAGCGGAGCCUGCCGCCUGCCUACACGGCGGUGCCGGUGAAACCCUCCAGCCCCGGGCGGCUGCUGAAGAUCGGGGCCGUAGUGCUCAUCGCCGGAGCCCUGCUGCUCCUCUGCGGAGCCAUCGGAGCCUUCUACUUCUGGAAGGGGAGCGACCGGCACAUUUACAAUGUCCAUUAUACUAUGAGUAUUAAUGGAAAAGUACAAGAGGGAUCAAUGGAAAUAGAUUCUGGGAACAACCUAGAGACCUUUAAAACUGGAAGUGGAAAUGAAGAGGCUAUAGAAGUUCAUGAUUUCCAGAUAGGCAUAACUGGAAUCCGUUUUGCUGGAGGAGAGAAAUGCUACAUUAAAGCACAAGCUAAAGCUCACAUCCCUGAUGUCAAUACCAUGACUAAAGAAAGCCUCUCGUUUGAUCUGGAAGAUGAAAUUAUGCCAGUUAAAUUUGAUGAAAAUUCCCUUAUCUGGGUGGCUGCAGAUCAGCCUGUAAAGGAUAACAGCUUCCUAAGUCCCCAAAUUUUAGAGCUUUGUGGAGAUCUUCCUAUUUUCUGGCUUCGACCAACAUAUCCAAAAGACAGCCAGAGAAAGAAGCGCGAAAUCAAGAGAAAAAUACGUCAAGCUCCAUCAAACUUUGAUCUGGACCAAAUUGAAGCUACUGCUGACAUCGUAAAUACCAGGUCACCUACUACACAGCCUGUUCAAAAACCGGAACGCCAGUCUAACGCCACUGGUCCCAGUGAGCAAGAUUCUAGUUCAACCUUUAAUCCAGAAAAUCCGUAUCAUCAACUUGAAGGCGAAGGGAUGACUUUUGACCCAAUGCUGGACCAUGAAGGUGUGUGCUGUAUUGAAUGUAGACGAAGUUACACACAAUGCCAGAGAAUUUGUGAACCUCUCAUGGGCUAUUACCCAUGGCCCUAUAAUUACCAAGGAUGUCGUUCUGCCUGCCGAAUUAUUAUGCCCUGCAGCUGGUGGGUUGCCCGUAUCUUGGGUGUCGUGUGA